AUGCAUCUGCUUCUUUCAUGUGUUAGACAAACACGUUGGACAGGUGAAGAAAUUCAUCGAGCAACCGGUCUUGGAACAUGGAAUGUAUCGAAACCAACUAAAUUCUUUAUUCAUGGAUAUCUUGAUCAUGGAACACCACCAUGGUGGAUCGAAAUGAAAAAUGCUUUACUAGAUGUUGAAGAUUGUAAUGUUAUUAUAACUGAUUGGUCAAAAGGCAAUCGCUCUCCAUAUACAAAAGCAUCUAGCAAUGCUCAGGUAGUUGGUGCAGAGAUAGCCUUACUUAUUAAUCACAUGACUAAUCAAUUUGCGGCGAAAGCCAGUGAUUUUCAUCUGAUCGGCCAUUCUUUGGGAGCUCAGGUGGCAGGCUAUGCUGGUGAACGAAUUUUCGGAUUAGGAAGAAUAACGGGCCUAGAUCCAGCUGGUCCAUAUUUUGAAAAGACUGAUCCAUCAGUUCGACUAGACCCUACCGAUGCGCUAUUUGCUGAUGUAAUUCACACCGAUGGUGCAAACAAUUUUCUGCUCGGAUUAGGCACGCUACAGCCAUUCGGUCAUGUCGAUUUUUAUCCAAACGGCGGGUUAGAUCAGCCAAAAUGUCCGAAAACUUCUGCGAAAUUAAUGCAAACAAUCUUAUAUGAAACUGGGAUAAUGGAUCUUAAUGGUUUUGUCGAAACAGCUCUGUGUAGUCAUAUGAUGGCUGUUUAUUUGUUCACAGACUCAAUUAGAGAUAAAUGUCCAUAUUUAGCCUAUGCAUGUACGAAUUAUGAUGAUUUUCGAUCUAGUAAAUGCUCGUUAUCUUGUGAAGAUGGUCAUUGUAAUCGUUUGGGUUAUUAUGCCUCAUCGAAAGGUGCACAAGGCUCGUUAUAUUUGGUUACACAAGACACAAAUGCUCUUCAGUUUUGUUAUUAUGCUCAAACACGUGGUCAAAUUGUAAUAAUGUUAAGUGGAACUCUUCAAACAGCCAGUAUGAUCUUUGAUAAUGACGAAACAACAUUUAAACGUGGUGGUACAGUCACACGUUUUAUUCCAUUGACUGCUGAUAUUGGUCAACUCCAGUAUGUCGAUGUUAGUUUUAAACGAACAGAUAAUUGGCUAUCAGCAUCCUUAUAUUCACCCAUAUGGAAUUUUGAAAAACUAACUAUGCUCGACGGUAAUCACCAACAAAUACUGUCGUAUUGUCCAACAAAUUCUUUACAUACCGGUACAAGUGUACGAUUUACUGUAUGCUGA